ACGUACGGCUCAUGUUAGCGGAGAAGCAGAAGCCAAGCCGAAGUUGGCUACCGUCCACUUGGCAUUCAUCCGGCUUUGGCAAUUCGCCAUUAUAAAAUGGGUCAGGGUUCCAUCCGCGUUUCAUCGCGAAGCUGGAGUCCCUUAACUUUUCCUUAGUCAAUUUCAACUCUGAUUGCCAAACCUCCCAGCUAUGGCUAUGAAGCAUGUUGCUACCCCUGUUCUCAGAGCUCUUGCUUCCCCUGGAUCAUCCACCCUCACCAGGCACCUCCAUGCUUCUCCAGGGAGCAACAAGAUUGUUGGAGUGUUUUACAAAGGAAACGAAUAUGCUGCUCUGAACCCCAAUUUCGUGGGUUGCGCAGAGAAUGCCUUGGGCAUUCGUGACUGGCUGGAAUCAAAGGGUCACAAGUACAUUGUCACUGAUGACAAAGAAGGACCUAACUGUGAACUGGAGAAGCAUAUUCCUGAUGCUGAUGUCCUAAUAACUACCCCCUUCCAUCCUGCCUAUGUUAGUGCCGAAAGAAUAAAGAAAGCCAAAAAGUUGAAAUUGCUUCUCACAGCAGGGAUUGGCUCUGAUCACAUUGAUCUGAAGGCAGCUGUUGAAGCUGGAUUAACUGUUGCUGAAGUUACAGGAAGCAAUACUGUCUCUGUUGCUGAAGAUGAGCUCAUGAGAAUCCUCAUUCUUCUUCGCAAUUUUGUCCCUGGGUACAAUCAGGUUGUUACUGGAGAUUGGAAUGUUGCAGCUGUUGCUCACAGAGCUUAUGAUCUGGAAGGGAAGACAGUGGGAACAGUUGGUGCUGGACGUAUUGGCAGGCUGCUUCUCCAACGACUGAAACCAUUCAAUUGCAAUCUUCUCUAUCAUGACCGUGUCAAGAUUGACCCUGAAUUGGAGAAGGAGACUGGUGCAAAAUUUGAGGAGGAUCUUGAUGCUAUGCUUCCCAAAUGUGAUGUCUUGGUUGUCAAUGUACCUCUCUCUGAAAAGACAAGGGGACUGUUUGGCAAAGAUAAGAUUGCAAAAAUGAAGAAAGGAGUGUUUAUUGUUAACAAUGCUCGAGGAGCAAUUUUUGAUGCCCAAGCAGUUGUUGAUGCUUCUGCAAGCGGACAUAUUGCGGGGUACGGUGGAGAUGUUUGGAACCAGCAGCCAGCUCCCAAGGAUCAUCCCUGGCGGUACAUGCCAAACCAUGCUAUGACUCCUCAUUUCUCUGGUACCACAAUUGACGGACAGCUUCGAUACGCUGCUGGAGUCAAGGACAUGCUUGAUAGGUUCUUCAAAGGAGAAGAAUUUCCGGCACAAAACUACAUUGUCAAGGAUGGUGAACUUGCACCUCAGUACCGGUGAUUCUGUCAUCCAUUUACAUGCAGCAUAUCAAUGUUUUCCUGCCCGGUCAGUGAGGUCCCUCUGAAAUAAUGCAGCUGAGUAGAAGUCAAUAGUUCUCCCUUGAGAGAACAAGUAAUUUGGAAAUAAUGUUGUAAUGCUUUCCAAUGUACAGUAUGAAAUAAUGCACUUUUGUGGAUGUCUGUAAUUCCUGUGUCAGAGUCUUGUCUAUCUGUCUCAUCGUCUUGCCGAGACAAAGUUGUAAUAGUGAAUGUCGGCCCCAGGUUUGGGGCAUGACCUUUUGUGGUUGGAAUGCAUUAAUGGAUAACGUGUGCCAUGCUGGGCC